UUUUGAAAUGUGCUACAGAAAACACCUAAUUGUUUGACACAUCAUGAAUGAUUUCUUCGCAAUAUUUCUAUGCCGAGACUAAAGUAAUUUGGUCAUUAUCGUCUGCUACGGGUCUAAACGGUGCUUUUAUAGAUAAACACAUUGUUAAACAGUUAGUUAUAUUGCAAUUGACCACUAGUGAGUCAUCUAACAUUGGGUACAUACUGCGAUAUUCCCGUGGAAAGUUACAAGCGUGUGACCGUUUUACAUUUACUGUGUAAUUUCAGAGUUUACUUAGUUUUCUUCUAAAUAUGACCGAAAGUUCACCAGAUGAGCCAAGUUCCAAGCGAAAGGACUUCAUUUGCGGCGUUGUUGAAGGCUUUUACGGUCGGCCAUGGACCACGGAACAAAGAAAGGAUCUAUUUCAAAAACUCAAAAAAUGGGGCAUGGAUAUGUAUGUAUAUGCUCCAAAAGAUGAUUACAAGCACCGCGCGUAUUGGCGCGAAUUGUACACUGUGGAGGAAGCGGAACACCUGACAUCGCUUAUAUCAGCAGCAAAGGCCCAGGGCAUCAUCUUUUGCUAUGCCCUGUCGCCAGGCUUGGACAUCACUUACAGCAGUCAGAAGGAGAUAACGACUUUGAAACGGAAGUUGGAACAGGUAUCCCAGUUUGGUUGUACAUGUUUCGCUCUACUAUUUGACGAUAUCGAACCUGAAAUGAGUGAGGCAGACAAACAGACAUUUCAAAGCUUUGCUCAUGCUCAAGUAUCUAUAACAAAUGAAAUCCACCAGCAUCUGGGUUGUUGUCGGUUCCUGCUGUGUCCCACGCAGUACUGUAGCACUCGCGCCGUGCCCACUGUGAAUAGCUCGGAGUAUCUCAACACGCUUGGCACCAAACUAUCGCAGCAGAUCGACAUCAUGUGGACAGGUCCGAAAGUGAUAUCGAAAACCCUGACAACAGAGUGCAUAGAGGAAAUAACGCAGGUGUUGCGACGACCGCCUGUCAUAUGGGAUAAUCUGCAUGCCAAUGAUUACGAUCAAAAAAGGAUUUUCCUUGGGCCAUAUUGCGGCAGGUCUCCAGAAUUAAUACCCUUAUUACGAGGUGUCCUUACUAACCCAAACUGCGAGUACAACGCUAAUAUGAUACCGAUAUGGACUCUGGCACAUUGGGCGAGCUGUAGCUUAGACGCGCCUGCGCACAUGGAGGCAGUAUCAUGGGAUAUAAAACUUGAAAGAGAAAGCGAGCAAGGCGUGUGUGAAGAUGAAACGCCGGUGACACUCGGCAAACAUGUCUACCAUCAUAGACAAGCAUUGAGGCAAGCAAUAAACGAGUGGUUGCCAGAAUUCUCGAUACCGAAGACGGCUCAAGGACCAGUCAUAAAACCACAGCCAGCUAUACCAGCUCCCCCAGUGCCGAUCAUCCCGAUCCUCCCCUCGGUAAACACGUGCAUGUCCCUCGUGACCUCUACUAGCAACACGUCGACUACCAGCACGGCGGAGAUGAGCCCCGCCAUCCCCACCGUGAACACGAGCCAGCUGCAGGCACUGGCCGAGGUCUGCUCGUCCACAGACAGGCCCAUACUGUCCACAGGAGUAUCGCCGAUAGAAACAUUUAAUCCUGUAUCGAACCCGGUCAUGAACUCGCUUGUCUCGCCAACGAAGGUUAUAUUAAACGAAUCCAUACCGAAUCCGAUAAUACCGAUCGCUAGCUCCAACAUGGCUUUACCAUCCGAGAUACCCGUUUCUACCUUACCAGUGCCUAUACUGGGAAUGAAAGCGAUUGAAGAGAAUGGAGAUAAAGAUAUCGAUAAGAGUAUUAACGUUAACGAAACAUUGUUAAAUGACAGUGUACUUGAAACAUCCAGUUUUGUGGAGGAAAUGAAAAAGAAAGAGGAUGAAGAUACAAUUGUGGUUGAUGAUUUGGAGCCGACGGUCGAGACGCAACAGAAUGGAGAGAUGAGCGUUGGUGAUACUCCUCAAACUCUGAGCCCAAGUCGAACAUCCAUUCCAGAGCCAGGAGUUGAACCACUUGAUGUGGACCCACCUUCAACAACCGCUACAGACCCUGAUGUUGUCAUGAAUGAUGGACUUAGUGAGAAUGGAUCAAUGCAAGUGGAACCGAGUAACAGCCCAAUAAGUUCAGACAUGAUGGUGGAACAAACAGAAACACCUGACGAGGCGCUGGACAGCUCGGAGAGCAUGGAGUCGCACGCGCUGGUGGCGGAGGACCUGGUGCUGCUGUGCGACCUGUUCUACUUACCGUUCGAGCACGGCUCGCGCGGCCUGCGCCUGCUGCAUGACUUCAACUGGCUCGCCACGCACGCCGCCACGCUGCUGCCCAGGACCAACCGCACCGAGAGUAGUGAAUGGCGUCGCCGUCGCGGGCGGUUCUCGUGGUGGACGGGGCGGGCGCGGCGCGCGUGCCGCCGACUCGCCCGCGCCAACAACCAGGAGCUGGCGGCCGAGCUGCUGCCCUACGUGUGGGACCUGUGCGCCGUGCUCGCACUGCUAGACGCGUUCCUUGCGUGGAUCGAACUGGGAAAAUUCCCCGCAAAUAUUGCAGCUAAUAUUCAAGGCAGCUAUACAUGGUUCUCCCGCGGGUGGCGCGAGGCGUUCGAGAGCGGCGCGCAGGAGCCGUGGGUGUUCCGCGGCGGGCUGAGCGCGGACCUGCGGCGCCUGUUGCCGCUGGAGUGCGGCGCGGACGCGCUGCGGCCCGGCGCCGCGCCCUCCGCGCUGCCGCUGCGCGUGCGCCCCUACACGCACCAGGACGAGGACGCGGUAUGUACGAUUUGUCGUAAGACGUGUCGUGACGGUGCCGACGGCUCAGACUUAUUCCCCAGCGACCUACAGUCGCUACCUUCUGAUAGAUUAGUGCAACCUUUCAUUACGUUAUCGCCGGAGUUCUGCAUGGUGAUCGAGGAUGACGAGGACUGCCCGCACGUGGACUCAAACACGCCCGACGGGGAGCCCGGCGACGACGAUAAGGAACUACCGCCUGAGCCGAGGGUGAACGGGCUCAAACCCGAGAUAGUGGGAUAUGCGUGCGCUGUGCUCAACAGCAAGGAGUUCUACAGGCGGCAGGAGCUCGCGUGGAUACCCGAAAUGUGCGCCAAAUACCCCGAGUCUUUGUUAGAGAGGGAAGACCUCAGUCCCACUGCCAAGGAGUAUGUCCGCCAGCUGCACGCGUGGAGCGUGCAGGGCCGCACGCCGGAGUCGGUGGCGCGUGCGCACAGCGCGCUGGUGGUGUGCGCCGCGGACCGCCCGCGCGACCCGCUCGCGCCGGCGCGCCUGCUCACCUGCCUGCUCGCCGCCCUGCGCGCGCACGGUGCGAGCGGUGCGCACGUGUGUAUCAACGCGCACGAACAGAACCUGCACCAGUUCUAUAGCAAGCUGGGCUUCGUGGAGGUGCAGCGCGUGGCCGAGCGCGUGUACCUCGCGCGCGCCUUCUAGCGCCCGCUGCUGUUGCUGCGCACGCUGCACCCCCUGCGACCCCUCCUCAGGCCUCUCACCAGACCCCCCAGCAGACCCUCCAGGCCCCCCGCGAGGCGGCGCCGACCGCUUGCACACUGACAAUAGCUUAGACAGGUUCGUCUACCAUGACACCCCUCAUUAGCUGAUUUUCUCUUCCAUGGACGGCUUACGUCAUCUUCCAUUCUGUACCUGUACCUAAACUGUAGCCACAUAUUAUAAGGUUUUGGAAAAAAAUACCCGUAUAGAGUAAUACUACAUAAUACAAUUUAUGUUGGCUUUUUAAGGUUACUUGUUAGUUAAUAUACUAACUUAAUUCAAAUGUCACUUUCGAAUGUAACAAUAUUACUAUACAGAUUGAAAAAAAGUAUAGCUAAUAUACAUUUCAACAUGUCAAUAGUUAUAAGCUGAUAUUUAUAAUUUAUGAAUGUGAAAUCUUAAUAAUCGAGCUUAGUUUGACAGAAAUAUGCUUCUUCUACACAUGUCGAUUGUUCCAUUAAUGGUGUAUAAUAUUUUAAUAUGGUUUUUACUAUUUAAUACCAAUUAAUAAUUGUUUGUUGAUUCGUAUCGAUAAAUUAUCCGUUUAUUUUAAAGCUUUAGUUUUGACUUUAUAAUAUAUUGACAUAUUUUCAGAUCUACAAUCACAAUCUAAAACGCAACUGUUUUAAAUUGUAUCUUUACGAGUAGCUUCAAUCAUAUCGGCUAUAGCCAUAUUAAAAUAAUAUACACUAUUUUUUAAAUACAUAAUAUAUUUACACCCUAUUUAAUUACAAUAUCGAUUCUUCGACAGCAAAAUAAUUCUAUAUUAGUAGCCGAAUGUUUUUAAGUGUACUUACGAGACUAUCCUGCCCUCACACACACACCACUGCAACUUAUUUGUGUGUGAGCCAAGAUCGACAGUUGCACGCAUUUUAUGACACCGAGCGGUGAAGUUCUUCGAGUCUUGGGCAGCACUAAUUAGUCUUAACCCGCAACGGAAUUAAUCAGAUAGAAGUAUAAAGAAGAGUUGGAUAUAUAUUUUCCACUACCCUACAUAGCAAAAAUGCACUUUUAAAUAUUCACAGAACAUCGAUUUUGAUUAAUUGAUUGGAAAAAGACUACAAAUAUAUCUUUAGUAGUUGAAUGGUAUACUAACAUCGACAUAGUAAAUUUUGGAAGAAGAGGAGACGAGAAUAUAUAGAGUAAAAAAACAAAGCUUUGUUAGUAAAUGAGAAAAUUAUUAUAUUUUGUAAAACGAAUAAGGCAAAUUCCUAUAUUCGAUAGAACAUUCUAAAUCAGAAUAAACAAUUCAAUCUAGUUUUGCAUUUCUGGUCACAAACUACAAGCAAUAAAUAUACAUAAAAGCAAUAAUGUGUUGUUCAUAUCGCUAUGCAAGUUAGUUUAUACUAUCGAUCUGAUAUCCAUAUCGUGUUAUACUUAACUGUAAUAAAGCAGCUGAUUAAUGUCCAGUUUCUAAAGUCUGUUGAAAAUGGUUACUAUGUUUUGAAGACUAAUAUUUUUACUUUAGCUUUGCAGCUUUCUUGAAUCGAUACCUAAUAAAAAGUUUUGUUGUCAACUGUUUGUCAGAAAUAGGCCAUAAAUAAGUUAUAUGUAGAUAGUAGCUAAUUGCUCUUUUAAUGUAAGUGAAUGACUGGAGGAAGCUGAGACUAAUACAAUAACGGGUGUCUAAGAUCUUAUAUGGAAGAAAUUGGUAUCGAUAUUAAAGUAUAACAUAUUUAGUAAAAUUUAUCGCUGGUUAUAUUAGUUUUAUGAAAAUGUCAUAAAUAAAUAAAUGCAUUUACGAAUUAUGCCCGGACUGAUUUUGAUUUAUUAGUUCAGUAAUUUUUAAAUCUUUCCUCAGGUUAUUUAGAGACAUAAUCAUUAUUAACUCUAAAUAAUGCAAUAAAUGCGAUUAAGUUAAAAUCAGACAAUCUAAAAAUAUGACUCAAGUGCGAUUACUUAAAUGUCAAUUUAAUCGAUUAAAUCCGUAAAAACAUCGAUAUUUUAGUAUCGAUUUCUCGUUACAAAAUAAUGAAUCAACGGUUUUUGUAAUGGUUUGUUAAUUCUCAUUCGUGCAACGAUUAGGCGCACGUUAUUGUAUUACUACACAUUUACAUCUAACUAUCUGUAAUUAUAAGCAUUUAUAAUAAUUAUGAUACAAAUAAAUCAUGUAUUGUUUAUAUCUAUUAUAAUUUUGGCUUUGCUGUUAGCUUUUUGAUUGCAAUUCUGAUAAUAGUGAAAUAGUAAGAAACGUAAAGAAAAAGUAGAAAAUCAAGAAAAACAAUUAAAAUAAAGAAAAUAAAUAUAAAAAUUAUUUAAGAGCUUGCAUUAUUGAAAUGGGAAUGUUAUUUUUAAGAUAUCAACAUCACACGGCUUGUUAUUAUUUGUUCAUUAAGUCAUCCUUGUACAGCUUUCACCUUUCAUUUUAACAGUUAGGAAUUUAUUACAAUAUUUAGUAUUAUAAAAUGCCGUAAUCCCUCAUUUACCGCUGAGAUAUAAACUCUACGCAAAUGAAGCUGCAAGUUCCCAAGCAAUGUUAAUACCAAGUCGGGAUAUUGAAUCACGUUUUUUUUUAAAUAUCUUAAUGCCGUGAUCAGUUGGCUUCUAGUUAAGAAUCCGCAGUUAAUGAAUUUCAAUUUAGUACAUAUAAUGACUAGCUUACUUCAGUAGAUUAUAAUAAGAAUUGCAAGCUAUAAUCACUUAUCGGUCCCCGAAUUCCGAUCAUUGGAUCAGUGCUUAUUGCAACCUUGCAAUACUGUUAUAACUAACUUAUUAUGCAAUAAAUCUAAUUUAUGAUUACACGGAUUUAUAGCUAUACUAAUAAAAAGGACUUGUUAGCAACAAAGAUAAAAAAAUUGCCCAUUUUUAAAUUUUCUUAGGUAAAUUAAACAGCGUAAGUGAAGGAUUACCGUCAAUAUUUAUAGCGAAAUUGGAGAGGUAAUGUGGACAAACGAGCCUAGUCAUAUUUGGAUAAAGACUGACUUGACGAUUGUUUAACUGGAUGACGGGUAAAACACAUACGACUUACAUAAUUAUAUGCGAAAAAAUAUUUCGAAACACUCGACAUAUAGUGCGUCGCAAGUAAGCGCGUCAUGAAUUAAACAAAUUAAAAAAUAUAUAUUUUAGGACAUUGAAUUUCAUACAGAAGUCAUUUUCGGGACGUUAUUUGUUCUUUUAUUUGUAUCGUCGUAUGUAAGUACUAUUGUGAUUGCAUAUAAACUGGUAGUUGUGGAAUAUUGAACAGAUAAAAAAAUAAAAUAUUUGUAAUGAUCGUAAAGCAAUUAAAAGGUUGUUUAAAUAUAAGGAUAAUUAUGCUUUAAUUAUAUGUGUUUCAUCAAAGAAAUAAAAACGAGAUAGGUUUUUGUGUUUCGGAAGGGGCCAAUUUAAGUGUUUUAAGCUGUCCUAUUUUCAUUUUAUUGAAUUUAUUUUGUCGAUAAACAGAGUUCAUAUGCAAACACAAUAAAUUGAAAUGUGGAUGUUACUAGGUUACUAUGUAAAUGGAUAUAAAUAUAACGUAUAUAUAAUUCAAUUCUAUUAAUAUAGAAAAAUUUUCAUUCUCACAAUACGAUGUGAGUUAAUGUUACUCAAGCGAUUAAAACUAUUGCAAAUUCCUUGACAUAAAGAGUAAUAAUGCUUCCGUUAAACGAAGGCAAAGAUUUAUAUUUUUGCUGUCGAUACAAAUAUCGAUAUAAGUGAAGACUAUAUUGGAAUUGAAAUUGACGAUUAAAUGUGAUAAUACUCUGAUCUUAGCAUUCAUGUUGCAAUGAAUAUCCAAAUAAUCUUCUAAGAAUAAGAUCGGAUAAUUAACUGCUGUAUUAUAGUAAUAAAACAAUGAAAAUAAUAUCGAUAAUCGUUUGUGUGACAUUUUUCUAAAUCGAAUAUUGUAAAGCUAAGUAAUGAAAGCAAUAGAAAAAUUAAAUAAAUAUUGGUUGUAAGAAUAAAAUUGAUUGUGAUUGGUAACUAAAUAUUUUCUUUGUACAAAAUAAAGUUGGGACUAUUUGUUUCGCCGGUUAUUUGGGCAUGCCACGGAUGAUGUGUCCAUAAAAAAAUAUUAGAAAUAUUCUCAGAAUGGGUUUUUAAAACUCGGCUUAAUAUCAAGGCCGAUUUCUAUAAACAACCUAAAUGUUAUUCACCGAUGCAAUCACGAGAAUAAACCAAUCAAAAUAAGUCAUUUGUAAACUGAUUUCUGAUUGGUCCAUUUUCGCGGUGAAUUGAAAAAGCUUUUAAUAUCAUUUAUUGAAAUGGCCGUUUGUGUGAUAGUAUAAAUUUGCAAUUUGAAUUUGUUCCAAUUUUUGUUAAUUGCAAUCAUGUAUCGAUGUCAGCAAUAACUUAUAUAAUUGCAGACAUUGCAUAAUUACAGCGCGUUAAUUCAUAACGUCUAAGGUGCUUACAAGCUUUGUGUUUAUUAUGUAUGUCUUGCGACAUGGGAUGGCAAUGGAACGGUGCGUCAGAGAACAUAAUAUUUAAACAGCUACGCAAGAACGCGAUCUGCAUCCCUGCUGCUUACGUCAUAUAUCUUACCAUUGUUUUACUAUAAGAACAAAUAAUAGUUUACAUGUUCUGCUUCUAUAUCUUUAUUAGACCAUGAGUUAAUAUAAUUUGACUUUGGCGCCAAAGUAAUGCAGUAGGUGUGUUAGUCGCUCGUUUAAUGACCUGUACCCAUGAAGUUUUUAAAAUAAGAAUAUUCAACUUGUGUUCAAUAUAUUCAAGUUCAGAUAAUAUUGACUGUUAUGACUUAUGAUACAUUGGAUAAUACUCCAUGCUAAAUAUUAUUGGUUGGCGUUUAUGAAAUUCUUUCCAGUUAUUAAAGACGUGCCAAGAGAAUGAAAAAAUCUGCAAGGAUAAUAUUUUUUUUUGGGAAUGCCAUGGUUAUCACCUGGGGUACCCUGCUAAUGGUGUACAGCCGAUCCCCCGGCUUAGCAACCAUGGCAUAACAAGGAUAAUACUAUAUUUGAUUCAACGCCACAUAUGGAUAGACAAUCGGGUGCGAAACCUUACAAUGUGCGUAUCGGCAUUUUUGUAGUUGGGCAUACGAAUUUAUCGCGUCAUUGCACGCGUAAAGAAUAUAUUUAGUACUCGCACGACGCAUGGCGUGCGCGGACGAGCUUGUGUGCUUGUUUCCAAACUAGACCGAUGUGUACGCCAUAGUCAACGUGCUAAUAAUAGCUAUCAUACUUUUUGCUACAAUUCGGCCAAUCACUAUUCUAAAUCAUUUAUAUUUUGGUGUUACAUUUACCGGAUAACCUCAAAACCUAUUUCUGUAGUAGAAUAAUAAUUGUGUUUAUUAUAUAUUUUUUUUGUAAAAUAUUAUGUUUAAGAGUAUUAUCCUAUUAGAUAUUAGUUGCACAAUAACGCAUUUAAGAGAUUAUGCUUUGUUAGAUUUAAGUUUAUGUCCACAUAUUGUAUUGUUUUUGAAACUAUGGUUAAGUAAAGAUAAUAUUUUUGUUAAUGGCAACUUUUAUACAAAAACGAGCAAAAUUCCCAUCUAAGCACCCGUUUUAAUCUGGAUUAUUAGUAAAACCCAAAAUUUGAUUAUUAAUGUCUAAAAAGGUAUUACCCCAAACAUAUUCUGGCAUUAAUGGAAUGAUUAAGAAAAUAAAACAAGGACAUGUUAGUAUAAUAUGUAAUUAUAAUAUACAAGUUCAAAAGAUUCUCACGAUGAAAUGUUGUAUUUUUAUUAUUUGUUUCAAGUGUAUAGAACAUUAAUAAAAUUUUAAUACUAUGUUAAUAUUUAGCCAAUUUUUUAACGACCAUAGUUUUACUACUUACGUCUUACAAGUAUUCCGUCGUUUAUUACUUACUUAUUUUGUUUUGGUAUAUGAAAAUGCAUAAAGAUUUACAACUUAUACUUGGAUCUUGAUUUCGCUUCCGAUUAUGUUGUAUAACGAAAAACAAAUAUUCAAAAGGUUUUUAAAAGAUAUAAGGGUAUUAUCUGACAGCUAAUAAGCAUUUUUAAAUUAAUCUAUAAAUACCCGGUUGAUUUGAUUUAUGACUACCAUAAUAUUAUUCAUUGAAAUAUACAAGUGUUCCUUUAUGUUGCUUACAGUGUAUAAAUGCUAUGAAUAUGUACACGUAUAUAACGAGAGUUAUUUAGUUCAUUCGUGUAUUUUUUUGUUAUUUAUAUUACAUUUUAUGGUGCCGGCCGUCGCGACAAAUCAUUAAUAAAUAUAUAAAAAAUA